UUGACAGAUGAUAUAGUAAGUGCCUGCCUGCUGCUUUUAUGUCCGUCCCUGAUUAGAAACCUAGACCACUCCUAUUAAUACGAAAACUAGUAUACCUUGUUUAUUGACUGUUUCGGAAGAGAUGUAGUGUUGUGAUCUCAUUAUCGUAGUGUCAUGGCCUAGUGUUUGUGAACGAAAGUUAUAGAAACUAGUCAAGAUGAGUGGGCGCUCCAACCGCGGAGUGUUUGGGAAGUUGUUCUCGAAGAAGAAUCACCACCGAGAAUCGGAGCGAGUUGCGGAGAUAGGGAUGCCAACAAAUGUGAAACGACACAUUCAUGUGAGCAAAAACUCAGAGACAGGCAUGCUUGAGGGCUUGCCCACACCUUGGCUGCGAGUCCUGAAUGCCCAGAUUACGCCCGCUGAGCAAAAUGAAAAUCCAGACGCGGCUAUCAAAGCCGUCAUAUUCCACAUGUACCAGAUGCAAAAGGAGAAAGCUCAGGAUGAGCCAUUCAAACCUUUUGUCACGCCUGAAGCGAUCACCCAAGAAGACAUGGAGAUGAAGAAACUUGUAGACCAUAAAAAUGCUCACCAAAGUCAAGAUUCUGACCUAUCCUUAGGCCAGAGUAGUGAAGAGGAUAUUGUAGUGCCAACUGAAAAUUACUCACAGAGGCAGACUAUGCCUGCAACUCCUAUAACAAAUAAUUUAAAGAAAAAGGACCCUGCAGUAGACUUGACGGCAGUUCUGGAAGACCUUACUCUCAUUGGAGAUGAACCUGAGGAAAGUCCCAUUAUGAGGAAGAAAGAUAUUCGGUCAACAUUAACUGAUGAGGAGGUCUACGAGGAACUAAAAAGGAUUUGUAAUAAGGACGACCCAUACCUGAGGUUUGAGAGGGUAAAAGAGCUGGGGGCUGGUGCUUCAGGUGUCGUGUUCAUCGCCAUCGAUAGUAAGGAUAAUUCCAGGGUAGCCAUCAAGGACAUAGACCUAACUAAACAGACCAAAAAGGAGCUUAUACUCAACGAAAUUAAUGUCCUGAAAGAUUUCAACCACAAGAACCUGGUCAAUUUCCUUGACGCUUUCCUUAGUUACGACCAUCUCUGGGUCGCUAUGGAGUUGCUUGAUGGGGGCUCGCUCACCGACGUCGUAACAGAAGUAGUCAUGAAAGAAGGACAAAUAGCUGCCGUGUGCCGGGAAACGCUGCAAGCCAUAUCCUUCCUACACUCAAAAGGGACAAUUCAUAGAGAUAUCAAAUCUGACAAUGUUCUGCUCGGCAUGGACGGAACAGUGAAAGUAACCGAUUUCGGUUUCUGCGCAAAUAUAGUCGGCGACGAAAAGAGACAGACAAUGGUCGGUACGCCAUACUGGAUGGCGCCGGAAGUCGUCACAAGGAAGCAGUACGGUAAGAAAGUUGAUGUCUGGUCCCUAGGGAUCAUGGCCAUCGAGAUGAUCGAAGGUGAACCUCCUUACAUGAAAGAGACACCUUUGAGGGCGUUGUAUUUGAUAGCGGCUGUCGGGCGCCCCAAGAUACCCAGGUGGGAGAAGCUAUCCCCUAAUUUCCAGGACUUUUUGGACAAGUGCCUUCAAGUAGACGUAGAUGAACGUGCCACGGCCGACGACCUGCUGGCGCAUCCAUUCCUGGAUUGUGCCAUGGAGCUGCGAACCCUCACGCCGCUCAUAAAGGCCGCGCAAAAGAUUCUACACAAAAAUUACGACUGAGCUGUAACUCUCCCAUUCCCAUUUACCCCCACUUUUGUAGCUGUUCGCGAUUUUCUAUAUAAUUUUAGGGAACUCACGGAGGUGCCAAUUUUUACAAUAGGUAGUAUUUUGCUGUGCAAGUAAAUUUAAAGGUAUUUUAUACCUAUGAUCAAGUUACAAAAAGUAUUUUGGUAAUGUUUAUUUAAAUGAAAAAAUAAAUUCUGGAUUUGUUUAUAAAAGGUUGAUAUUGACUUUACUAUUAAGUACUAUGUUAAUUUUAGACACGAAGCAUAUUUUUGAGAGAAGAUAGUUUGUAAUUAUGUUAUUUUUUCUAUUUAGCAUAAAGCACAUGAUUUGACAACACGCGAUAGUGCUACAAGUCUUAUCGACGCGAUAUGUUAUCUACAGAUAUCUAUAUUAUCUAAGUAUAGAUAUUUAACAUCACACAAAGAUAUAGUAUGACGGCCUAUGAACCAUGUACAAUACUGAAAUGCCAUAUAUAUUCCAAAGUAAAUAGUAUUGAAGCAUUUGCCUAAAGCAAUGUCUACAUUUUAGUUACUUAAGUUAUUCUGUCCAAUUCAUAAGAGCUGAUUGCUUGUGCAUUUAUGUAAUUAAAAAAUGUAUAAUUCGAUAUUUUUUGUAGAUAGCAAAACUUGAUGGACAUUUCUGUAACAUCAUUGCCACAAUUUAAACAUUACAGCUUGUUAUUUGGUACAUUUAUUUAAUUAACAGCCUUCGAAAUGAUAUUAUCACAAAAUUUUUUUUCCAGACAUUAAAAAUUCAAGUCGUAGAAAUAUUGUAUUAACUUCAACAAGAUUAAUUAUCAAAUAAAUUAUGAUCAGUAUUAUAAUUGAAAUGUCUAAUGUUGAGAUCUUACAAAAGAAAAAUAUACAAAACAAAUAUAAUUCUGAAACGAAUUUAAACGGCCUUCGCGCUACUCGAAGCGCGUGUUUUAGAAGAUACCGUGUAAUUGUUAAAUUGGUUUCCAAUUAUACUUUAACUGCUUGUUUUUAACCAACAAAUGGGGAGCAUCAAUAAAUGUUAUGUAUGUAACAUCAAUAAAUACAUACAACAUAUUUUUUACUAAAAUAUUUUUUGAUAUUUUGUGGCCCGUAUUUGGAGCGUACAUUUGUUUCCAUUUAAUUUACAAAAGCGGGAAACAUUUUACUUUUUAUCUUGAGAAAGCCUUUCCAAAAGUUUUGCUAUCACAUUAUGUAAAAAAAAAUUUGGUGCGUGGAAUUGUUUUUACCAAAAAUGUACAUAAUUAAAUGUUUAACUAGUCUUAUGUCUCGGUUCUUUUUAUAUUCUAACUUCUACACAAUUUUGAAAUUCCAUAGACUAUACAGUCAUAUGAUUCAAUCACAUUCCUUUUAACCCCGAUCAAUGUAAUGUAAACAAAUGGAGUUUUAUUUUAAAAUCUUGAAAAAUUUCCAGCUAGAAUAAACUAACGCCGUAAGCCUAACUAAAUAUAAGACUGUAUCUUACUAAUAUUUGUACGUAUGUAUUAAGACUUCUUGUUUUUGACCGUCUUGAGUAAAGACGUUAGAAUACCUUCACGAAAUUAACUCUUCUUUCCAAUCAAGGAAGGCCCAAGUAUUGUGUAAAACAAAACACAUGCGUUUGCUAAAUGAUGAUACUUCUCAAGACUAGGUCUACAAAUUGAUGAUCUAUAAAAACAAACGAAAUUAUAAGUUUCAAUGUUUUUAUAUCUAAAGUUAUCAUUGAUCCGGUUUAUACAUUUAUGAUGUAUUUAAAUUACUUUGACCUUUAUUCAAAAGUCACUUAUAAUACCAAAAUUAUUUCAAGAGACUCAAAAGGUUCUCAUUAGUUUUGUAAGUCGAAACUUCUAUUGGUGGUUGUAUAAAAACCCGUUUAUAUACAAUCAACAACAUGAGUAAUAAAAGUACAGAAUCUUUGAAUGUGUCUUGCAAUCAAAAUGAACCGGGUAUCACGUACAAUAUAGAUUACAACAGUAAUUUGGUUAAUAAAAUUGCCAGCGGCUCACGUCCGGCGCCCUUGGGUGCGCAGACGCAGACGACAAUGUUCUAAGAAAUCAUUAGGGAAACGAUCGAUAAAAUAUGUUUAUUAUUUUUAGAACAUAAUAUAUGUACAUAUUUAGACUUGGAAAAAAAACUAUUAAUGUUGCCAUUUGAGAUAAUGUAGUUUUUAAAAACAAAUUUUAUGCCUCCUCAAGCAGAAAGAUAAUGAACUGCCUAUUUAUAGGAUGUACUUAUUGGUUAUAGUAAACAAUAUCUCGAAAUUAUCUGAGGGGAACUAUAAAAUGGCAUCUUGAUAAGAAUUGGCGUUGUAGAUAACUUUUUAGUUUCAUACACUUUUAUAAGAUUUUCUAUUAAGAAAAUGCGUUAUUAUAUGCGCGCCGCGUUCAGAAUUAUACCAUGUAUGUAUAAAACUAAAUUCUGAAAUAGUGGCGUUUGCCUACUUGUUAAUGUUCAUGACCAUCCAUCGCUGACCAUCUGCGGCAGAGAGGUAUUGAAUCAGACUUUUGACAGUAUUGUAUACCCAUUUUGUUCCCAUAGUAUUAUGAAUUGUAUUGUCUAGUGUAAAUUUUUCUCAUACAUAAUGAUUGACAAUAAUUUUGUUCUUUUGACAUUACUUAUCCUAUUUUAUCCCUUUGGUCGCGUGAAGUCGCAAUUGCAAGAUGAAUAUGAAUAUAAUUAUCAGAUUACCUAUCUGAUAAUUAUAUUCAGCUUCCUACCCCCACAAAUUUUGGAAGUAGAUUUUCUGCCAAUCACUCUUGUUAUGAUGAAUUUAUGAUUCCCAAUGACUGGUCUAAAGAGAAGUAUCAUCGUACCAUAGGAAUCAGAAUAAUUAUUCCAAUUAUUCCAGUUUUUAUGCACCAAACCUAAUUGAUUCCGAUUUAUUUUAAACUUUAAUUAAAUCUUUUUCACAUCAACUUCUAUAUGUGAGCAAGAUAGCAAUACAUUAAUUUAUAAGGUUAAUUAUAGCUGCGUUUACCGCGCGUUUGCAAUGCUAUUUUCGUAUAUAAUGCAGUCAUUUCCUUGUGUAGAUUCAGGAUAAAUUUAGGCUUUGGAGGCAUUUAUAAAAUUUCUUUCCACCGCGAGUGCCUCAAGCGAUAAAUCUAAGAUAUUAUAGUGUAAGUCAGCGUUUCUUAGUUUUUGGAUAAAAGAAUAAUGUCAAAGUAGAGUACAAGAAAUACAUUCAAAAUACAAUAAGAUUGCCUUCCCUUCAAGGGAUAUAGACUUGUAUAUGUGUGUAACAUUAACUCUAUACCUAACAUCUGGAUGUUGUAUAAUUCGUUGAUUGAUCAUAAAGGAAGGAACAUUUGCUAUAAAAAAGGAUAUGAGUUUUUACCUACAUAUUUUUUAUUAUUUUUAUAAAAAGGGAUAUAGACGUGUAUAUAUAUAUAUAUAUAUUUAUGUAAUUAUUUUACCAGAUGAAAAUAACUGAAUGCUAAGAAACGCUACUGUAGCCAUAGUUAUCACACGCAACGAAAUCGUGUAAUAUAAAUGUAUUCGCUAGGUACUGCUGUAUGUAGUAUGUAAGUUUAUAUACACCAAUGACACUUUUUGAACAUUUUAUUAUUGCAGAUUUGCCUAUUAAAUUAUUUUUGUAAACUUUA